AUGAAAAAAUUGGACAAAGUAAGAGAGAAAAAAGGACUAGAAUGUUCGACUGCAUUUACAGGUAUGUAUAAUAGCAAUAUCAGUGUAGCAAAGAAAGCACAACAGAUGACGAUUGGUGUUUGUCGUAAAUGUGGUUAUUCCGGGCAUCUACCAUUUCAGUGUUUUAAUUUUUUGCAAAAUAAAAAAGAAAGCUUCGCAGAGAUCUCUUCAACUAGUUCUGAAUCUGAUUACGAUACUCCGUUAACUGUAAAAGAAAAAAAACCAAAGAAGAAACGGAAAAAUAAGAAACAUAAGUAUCAUAAACAGUAUAAGAAAGAUAAAAAACUUCAUCGUACUUCACGAAAAUACAAACUUGAUAAAAAGAAAGAAUAA